AUGGUCAGCCUGAAUUUUCGCUUUGAGAAACCCAAUGUGGUCCAACAAUCUUUUGAAGAAUACCCUAUCAUCUCUGAGAUUGCGCUAUACCUUGCGGGCGAAGAUCUAGUUCAACUCUCCCGCGCAUCUAAAUGGUUGUACUUUACCAUGUGGGGAUGGCCAUCUAUCUGGAAGAAGGCAUUGCAAAGGGCUGGGGUCGAUAUAGAUGUGACCGCCCUUCCUUUUCAUUCGAUUUAUACUCGCUCUAUCCUAUCAUUUACGAUCGAUUGCAUGCUUUGUGGUACUCCCACGAAGAACGGCGUGCUCGGGAAAGGUGAUGCGGCCACGAGGUUAUGCAGCAAGUGCGCAGCCAACGUCCUCGUGCCAGCGCCAGAGGAGGAACAGCCUGUGGAGUUCAUGCAAACUAUCUACCAUGGAGGACCUCAUCGGUUCUUCAAGAUGGUUCUCCGUCACGGUGCUAUCGGCGUACGGAUACCUACUCUUUUGUUGCACUCUAAGCCAGCAAUACUUUAUAAGGCUUUCCCGCCCCUACCUCAUGAUCGCAAGUAUAUUGCAGGUAAAUUUGACGGCGUGCUAUAA